CAUUCGCUAAUGUGUAUCUUACAUGUACUGUUAUCUACUUGUGAAAAUAUUUCAUACGUGGAUGACAUUGACUUAUUGAUCACAGAAUGAAUUAAGGUCACCUAACAAAGGAGCACAAUUCAUGUCCAUGGGAAUUCCAACAGACUGCUGGAAGAUCUGAUCAACAAAGACUACGAAGAUAUUGGAAAUGAGGAAUUCCACCAAAUUUUUAUAUCAAGGCUACGAAUAUAUGCUAUUCAAUGAAGUCCUUAAUUGAUGGCAUCGAAACAGCUGGUACCUGAACAGCAAAGCUUUGUUCGACUAACUUUUGCCUGCGUGGACGAGGUUCGAGUAGUGUUGGGCGAUAUUUUAUACAGUCAGAUACCACCAGAACAACUUUACAGGAAAAUCCACUCGAAUAGACAUGGGCUGAUCGGAAAUAACAGAUUCAGUCCGGAACAAUUAAAACUUUGUUACAUACCAGGUCCUCUUCUCCCAAACUAUAAAAGUUUUGAUGUUACCUUACUGUACAAGCUGAUUCGGAAUCUGUGUCCAAUAUUACAACCUUCUCAAGGAUGGGGACAACAACCUCAACAGAUGCACAUCAAUGUUGGGGAUGAUAUCGAACGCCUCAGAAUCUUUAGAAAUGAAUUGGUUGGACAUAUUGAAUCUUCUAGUGUAUCUAUUGAUGUAUUUGAUUCCAGAUGGCGUGAACUGGAACAUGUUUUCAAGAGGAUACAGGCAUUUUUUGCAUUAAAUGGAAUAACAAAAGACUUCGUGGAACAACUUGCAUGUAUCAAACGAACCGACUUUGGCUUGCAGGACUAUGAAAAAAAUGAACUUCGUCUGUUGAUUGAACGUAAUAGGCCUACAGAUACACCAAAAUUAACAUUACAAUGCGGUGAACAAAAAAAUUGCGGAGAAAGUGCAAUUUUUGAGGUAACGGUUGGAGAUGAUGAUUUGUCUAAUAACUGGCCUGUCACUUGGCAAAAAUGUAUAGGAGCCAUGACAGAACAACUGGACACCAGCACACGGAGGUACAGCGGUAGCUCCAGUAGGCGGUUAGUCAUACCAAGAGUUUCAAAGAGUGACCAAGGAGAGUAUCGAGCAACUGUUUUACGUGAAGUGAGAGGAACACACAUCCAAAUUCCCAGUAAUCCAAUCUACCUUACGGUGACAGGAGAUAUACCAAUUCUGGAGAUAGGAGAUGCUUUCUCUCAGGAAAACCGGUUAACCAUUCGUUACAGUGUUAAUGUCAACGAUCAAUCCCCGGCUGUAGACAGCGUUGUAUGGACCAAAAAUGGAGAACCGUUACAGAAAAAUGCAGAUAAGUACUGUGGGGGACAAUUAAUGGAUACAUACUUAAUGAUAUAUUCUCCAACGUCGAUUGAUAUUGGUCAGUACAGUUGUAAAGUUUCCAAUGAAGUGGGAUUCAUCAUGAAGUCCAUACAUCUGAAUGUUCCUUCGGUAUCCAUUGCUGAUGAUCUUCAAGUCCCUGUUGGAAAUCCCAUCACUAUUAAAGCUACCAUUCAGUCUUGUCCAACACCAGUAUCAGCAAUAUGGCAGAAAAAUGCAGGAAUUAACAAAGAUGAUUUCGAAAAUCUAGACAUUAAUGACUCCAAAUAUUUCGGGAGUAAAAAUGAUCCAGAAGAUCCGCGACUUGUCAUACCAAAAGCAACGCAUGAAGAUGAUAUAUAUUACCGACUGGUUGUGUCGAACGGGAUAGGCCAAAGUACAAGUAAUACGGCUUUCCUGAAACUUAUAGGAGAUCUUCCGUCGGUAUCUGUUCACCACGAAACAAAUAUUUUGGAGAAAAGUGUUAGAUUUGUAUGUGAAAUGGCAGUGCCAAUCGAUUCCCCAGAAGUUUCUGAUGUCUUUUGGACAAAGGACGACAUAAAGAUUGACAUUCCAGGAAGCGGAGGAAAAUACUCAGGAGGAAGUAUUGUUGAUCCCUCACUAACUAUCAAGUCAGUGAACUCAACCGAUAAGGGAGGUUAUCAGUGUUGCGUAUCUAACUCCUUGGGGAAGAUGUGCAGUGAGACCAUUCUUCUCGAUUUACCUACAAUCAAAUUAGCCGCUCCAGCCGUUGAUGAAAAGCACGGAACAAUCACAUACAACGCUGCGAUAAAAUCCAUCCCUGUUGCUCUUAAAGCGGAAUGGAAAGUCAAACAAGAUCCUAGUAGCGACUUCCAAGCAAUACAUACGCAUGGCCUGGUAUACAGAGGGUCAACAGUAGCCUUGCCUCGUCCAAAGCUGGUAGUCCACAAAUACAAGGCGGAACAACGUAACUCAUUUCAGCUUGAAGUUCUGAAUUUCAUUGGAUGUAGUACAAGGAAUAUAGAAGAUGAAAUCAAGAAGAAUACUGAGUCAACUAUAAAUAAAGAGAUUUCAGAUUCGUUGAAAAACUUCUACAGCAAAAGAGGGUCCAACGUUCUCUUUGCCAGCCUCAGUAACGAGCUUGUAAAGUUAUUUCCAGAAGACAAACUUGGUGCAAUUAAACACGUUCUUCUCGGAUUAAGUGAGGUUGAUGAGGAAUCAAUAAAGGAGACUAGAUCUGUCAGGGACCUGUUCAUGCUUCUUCAGGAGAAAAAACUCUUCACAAAGACAGACGUGAUUUUUAUGCAGUAUUUGCUCAAACAGACCGAUUGUAAAAUAUUAUAUGACAAAUGCAUUGAAUAUGCUAGAGAACAGGGAGCACUGUGCUUCUUCGAAAAACCUCCAGAAAAUGGCUACAAACACGUCCAGUUUCACGUGGCAGGAGAUUUUGAAGCAUACUCAGAAGAGGAUAUCCGGAAGAUAAGAGAAACAGUCGCCGCUAUUUUGGGCUGCAAAAGAGAUGAUGUUGUUAAGGAGGGCAUUCGCCCCGCUAACAGCUUUAUAUUAGUUCUAGCCAUAAAGGAAACACUCAUCAGCAAAUUCUUGGCUAUGAAUCAACAUCAUAUGGAACAACUUCGCGAUUUGAAAGUUGACUACUUUAUUUUAGAUAAAAAUCUAAGAAACAUUGCUGUGACAGAAAAACCGACACCGUUGGAAGGAGAUGAACUUGAAAACACGCCAGGGUUUGAGAGAAACACGUUCAUAGACAGGGAAAGGAAAUCCAAAGCAUUUCCAACAGUUGUGUCAUUUUCCCAAAACAAUCGUUCACUCCGUAUCACCAUCCCUCGUUUGAAGGAAGUUUAUCAUAUCUCGGUUGUGACGUCCGACAUAUUGUGGGUGAGUGAUAAUGACGGGAGUCUUCUACAGGUGGACUCUGCCGGAUGCGUUGUGAGAAUUAAGCAUAGUGAAACAGGAAGUCACACUGUCACAGAGGACGGGGAUCUGCUGUUUAUAGACGACGAUAAAGUCCAUAAGUUAACAUCAGACGGGACCGACACCACACUGCUCACAACAGACUGGAGACCACGUUGUGUCUACUCUUCACGUAUCAACGGUGAGAUAUUGGUGGGGAGUUCUGGGAAAGUGACGAGGUACGACAAAAAAGGACAGAAACUCCAAGUCAUUAAGGAGGACGAAAAGGGACGGAAACUAUAUGGACUACCAUGUUAUAUCACGGAAAACAAGAAUGGAGAUGUCUGGACUUCUGACAUGUUGAAGAAUAUAGUAGUAGUGGUAGAUAAAUCAAGGCAUCAUAGGUUUGACUACACAGGUCGUCAGUCUGACAAUACAGGUCGUCAGUAUCAGUCGGACUUUGAUCCCCGUGGUAUCUGCACUGACAUCCUCGGACACGUACUCGUCUGCGAUUAUUAUGACGACAGCGUCCACCUCCUCGAUCAGGACGGUCAUUUUCUGUCACUACUGCUGACACGAAAACAACAUGGAUUACAUUCUCCCACUGCUCUGUGUGUGGAUGACCAACACAACCUCUAUUUGGGAAUGCAGAGCAGUAACGUGAUAAAUGUUUAUAAGUAUCUUGUUGAUACCGAGGUCGAGUAAAUUUGAAAACUUGACACAACACAUAUCAAAAUUACAUCCGUUAGAGGCCAAGUAUUGAUGGAUUUUGAUUUGUGUGAAGCCAGCUUCCGAUUUUAUAAGCUAUCAGGGUUCUCCAUCGUUUCAAUAAUUCUGCGUUGCAGAUUGUACGCGAAAAUUUUUAUGACAAUUAGGAAAGACUGAACGCGAAGCGCCUCACGGCCCUUUUUGUUUUUGAUAACGUAUCAUAUAUUCAGAAAAUUGAGUUGUUUUUAUUAUCAAAUUAUAUGUGUAUGAUUGUAAACAGUUUUUGAAAAGCUUUUGUCAAUAACAUUUAGUGCUAUAUACGCGAAGAUAAUCCCCAAAUACUGGUAUUUGAUAUGUUACUCGAUUCAUCAAUAUACAUAACAUAACGGUGUUGUAAUCGAUACUCGGUGCGUUUGAAGAUGCGAUUUCUCUGCCAGCCCUGAAAGACGACGUGUCCACUGAAUGUCCCGGUGUGUUUUCACGGCAUCACACGAAGUAUUUUAUUCCAUGUAUAUAAUGCACAAUACAUGUUUUCUUGCAAAAUACUAUCAAAAUAUUGAUUUAUUAAG